AUGCCGACUAAGAGGAAGCGCCAGCGCAAUGCGCAGUCCAAUCUGCCGAACAAGAAGAGUGCCGUCAGCACGACUUUGCCACUGUCGCCCUCUCCAGAUGCACCGUCCGCGACCAAAAGUGCAGACCAAUUGGACUCCAAGAGUCUUGCAAGCGUUGUUUCCGAAGAAGAGAUAGAGAUCACGGUCGAGACCCUAGAGUCGCUCGCUCAACAUCCCGCUCUAAUCAAGUCCAAAGCUUGCCGGAACCUGCGUACUGCUGUGUAUGGAUUCAAGCAAGCAUGUACUACUGGCAUGAACACAGUUGCCGAGACGAACCUCACCUCUCGUGUAUCGGCGGCCCUUGUAGAUGGCAAAUACGUCGAUGCUAUCGUCCUGUUAGCCGAGAUGCGAAUACGGAACCAAGCGCCAAAACUAGGUGCCCUCUGCCGAUGGGUACGAGAUCUCGAUGUUGUGAGUGGGCUGUCUAGUGAAGCGCCUGAUAUUCGGACCGAUACACAGCUCGAAUUACUCAGGGUGAUGGAUAUGAUACUGAGGGUUACUGGGCCGGUUGACGAGGUAUCAAAGGUGCCAGCGCUUCUUAAAGGCCCCUUAUCUAUACAGCCAAUCUGGGAUAACGGUGAUAAAACACCGCGGCAAGCUGUUCGGCAGGGUGUAUUAGAUAAGACCAUCUUCAAGGCUUGCCCAGAGGGUAUCAAGGAUAGAUUCAAGAUCCUCGAGACAACAGCAGGCUCCGAGCGCAAGCCCCCAAACCUGCAUCCUGCUGUUCUGUAUCUCAGUAACGAUAAUGCUGUCGAACUGGCCGCAGACGGACCAACGGCGACACAUCACAAACAUCCGACUGUUCCUGGACUAUCGCUCAUGAAAGAUGUCUUGACGCGCCAAGAAUGCAUGUCAAUUGUCGCAGCAAUGGAAACCAUCGGCUUUUUGCCGGACUGUCCUCUCCGUGACGACGGGUCUGCUUCCAGCAUUCUCGCGCACAAUGUUUAUUGGGUUGUAGAUCAGGCUUUCCACGACGCUCUCUGGAAGCGGGUUUCUCCACAUAUCCCUGCAUCCGUUGGUGGACGGAAAGCUCGCGGCAUCAACCGACGCUUUAGAGUCUAUCGUUACGUCCCCGGCGCCGAGUACCGGUGUCAUUUUGACGGCGGCUGGCCACCGUCAGGCAUCGAUCCCAAAACCGGCGCCUACGUCUACGAUGCUUCGCCCAAGGAUGCCAAGCAGUCGAGCUUGUUUACGUUCUUGGUCUACUUGAACGAUGAAUUCGAGGGAGGCGAGACGACAUUCUUCACUCCAAGUAUCAGAGAAGGUGUUAUGAAUGCCCAUCCUGUCCGGCCGACGAUGGGAGCGGUCGCAUUGUUCCCACAUGGUGAUGCAAAAGGUGCUUUGUUGCAUGAAGGAACCGGCGUCAGGAAUGGCGCGAAGUACAUCAUCCGAACUGAUGUAGAGUUCGAUGUUGAGCCUAGCCGAGCUUGA